UGUGAUUCCUUGUACAGGAAGUGGACUGCACAGUGAAGUCUUUAAGGAGUCUUUGGUAAAGAGAAUGAUUUUAUAGACCUCAAAGUCUCUGAGAAAAUGGAUCUCUUAAGCAAUCUACCAGACGAGCUUCUUUGCCAUAUUUUGUCCUUCCUUACCACAAAGGAGGCUGCUGUAACAUCGGUUCUCUCCAAGAGGUGGCGCAAUUUGAUUGCGUUCGUCCCUAAUCUUGAUAUUUAUGACUGUGAGUUUCUGCAUCCGGAGGUACGUAAAGAGGAAAGGGACGAUAUUCGACAGCUCUUCGUGGAUUUUGUCGAUAGAGUAUUACAGGGAAAUUCUCACAUAAAGAAAUUCUCCCUCUUUUGUGCUGGCGGUUUUUAUUUAGAUCGAGUGGAUUGUUGGAUACAGAAUGUGUUGGUGCGUGGUGUUUCGGAGAUUAAUCUAACAAUCCUUUUGGAUCCAUUAGGAGGAGAUAACUAUCAUCUGUGUCCAAAAGUUUUCGAGAACAAGAAACUAGUUAAGCUGGAAUUAACUCAUGGAUUUGAUAUUCGUUGCUUCGAUAGGAGCAUUUUCUUACCGAUGCUUAAAACUCUCGUUCUUGAUUCAGUUUUGUUAUCUGUUGAUAAGUUUGAGAUUCUUCUUCAUGCUUUGCCUGCGCUUGAGGAAUUAGUCCUGCAUAGUAUACACUGGAAAGAAUUGGAUGUGAUGACUGUGUCUAUAUCUCUAUCAAGUGCAAGCCUCAAGACCCUAACAAUAAAGUUCAUCGAAUGUUUCGAUACUUUUUCAUUGGAUACACCUAGUCUUGUUUACUUCUCUUACUCUGAUUUUGUCGUGGGAGAUUAUUCUGUAGCUAAAAUGGAAAACUUGUUUGAGGCUAGAAUCAGCCUUUGUGUAAUUGAUGAAGAUAUCAGCCUAGCAAGAGUGCCAUACAAUGAUUUGUUAGAGGAUGAUGAGUACAAUGUUGUUCUCCGAUUUGCAAAUGUGGGGAAGCUUAUGAAUGGCAUUCGAAAUGUUCGGUAUCUAGUUCUGUCUCCUGAUACUCUUGAGGUGCUUUCUCUAUGCUGUCAAUCGAUGCCAGUGUUCAAAAACCUCAAAUUGUUAGCGAUAAAGAGUGAAGAGAGCCGAGGAUGGCAAGCAAUGCCAGUUCUUCUAAGGAAUUCUCCGCAUCUAGAAACUCUAGUUCUUGAGGGUCUCUUUCACUAUGUCACAGAUAAAUGCGGGGAUGCUUGUGACUGCGUUUCUCGAGAGGGCAAAGGUCGUUCACUCACAUCUUGCCCAAUAAAAGUGUUAGAGAUUAAAGGGUUUCAAGGAACAAUGAAAGAGAUGAACAUAAUAAAGCAUUUCUUAGACUAUUUUCCAUGUUUGAAAGAGAUAAAGAUCUAUAUGGAAGAGAAUGAUACUACACAGCUCAGAGUCCCUGAAGUGUCUGAAUUUAUCACGGGGGAGAUGAUGGAACACUACAAAAAAUCAUCCAGUUGCAAUGUCCAGCUCCUAGUGGGUAGUUACUUGUAUAAGAAGUGGACUGCACAAUGAAGUCUCUAAAGAACAAAAGCUGCUCAUAGUUAUGCCAAAGUCUACUUGAAACUGUUUCAAACUAAACCAAUCGGGAUACUGUAGUCUCUAAAGAACAAAAGCUGCUCAUAUUUAUGGCAAAAAAUUCAUUAAUUUGCCAAACAUGUACAAAUAUAGAGUUGAAUUUAUCUCAUUGUCACUUUUAUGCUUUUA